AUGCCGAGUUACUGUACUUGCGAGAACACGAGUCUGGACCAGACGGGGGAGCACGUUUGUUCGCUAAAACCACCAGUGGAGAAGGACAAUGCACAAGAGGCCAAGGCGACCAGUCCGGUUAGGUACAGCGAUGGCUCCGUACGACUGCGAAAUCCCAAUAUCGAACUCAUGGAUCAGGAUAUACUGUACCAUCUCGCUCUCGGCAGCGGCUCCCACGAUCUCGUCGAGAUGUUUGGCGACGUCAAGUUUGUCUGCAUGGGUGGAACGCCAAAGAGAAUGGAACACUUUGCAAACUAUAUCAUGAAGGAGAUUGGUCACAAGCUGCCAGCGGGAACGACCCUUUUAGACAUCACUCAGAAUUCUUAUCGCUAUUCCAUGUACAAAGUCGGCCCGGUUCUCUCUAUCAGCCACGGGAUGGGUAUACCUUCAGUUAGCAUCCUACUGCACGAAAUCAUCAAGCUGAUGUACCAUGCGAAAGUGAAGGAUCCCGUCUUCAUCAGGAUCGGCACCUGCGGCGGUGUCGGCCACGAAGGUGGCACGGUCAUUAUCUCGGAGGAGGCCGUGGACGAGAUGAUGAGGCCUUACAUGGAAUUGAUGGUGCUCGGAAAAUUGGUGCGCCGACCAGCCAAACUCGAUCGGCAGCUGGCCCGUGACUUGAAGGGUCUGGCGCAUCGCGACGAUCCCUACGACACCGUAAUCGGCAAGACCAUGUGCUCAAACGACUUUUACGAGGGUCAGGGUCGUUUGGAUGGCGCGUUCUGCGAGUUUACGGAAACCGACAAGAUGGAGUACCUGACGAAGCUGCAGAAGGCCGGAGUAGUGAACAUUGAGAUGGAGAGUCUGUGCUUUGCCGCUCUGACGCAUCACGCCGGCAUCCAAUCUGCUGUCGUGUGCGUAACAUUGUUGGACCGACUCAAAGGCGAUCAGGUUCUAGCACCCAAGGAGGUGUUGGAGGAAUGGCAGCUGCGACCGCAGACGUUGGUCGCUCGUUACAUCACCACGUACCUCCAGCGGAAGGGCCGUCUCUCCCUGGAAGGUCACGGCUCCAUGUACGUCAAGAGCCCGCGCCGUUUCAAACUGGUACAGCAGGAAUCUGAGAAUUACGAUUAAGUCGUGAAACGAGCUUUGCGGCUCGGUUUCGGGAUCGGCGCGGCGUUUAAAUCAACUUGUGCACGCUGUACGGACCGUUUAUUUCUCUUUGCAAAGAUUUUAUUUAUUUCCGAGGAAGAUCGCGUAAAGAGCGAUAUUAAACGGCAAAUUUACAGCAGAAUUUACAGAUUUGAGCAAUCUGAAGCGAUCGAAAGCGUCACAAAAGGAUUUCCAGCGGCUCUCGGAACGUACAAAAAAAAAGAAGAAAAUGUUGAAAAUUUUUGUCAAAGUUGUUAAAAAUCCCUCUGUUGUUGAAAUUUUUACCGUUUAACAAAAUUUUUCAGGUCGAAAUACUGGAGAAGGCAAUCUUUCUUGAAAAUGUUGAUAAUAAUGAUCGAAUAUUGCAACGAGAAAUUUCUCACAUUGCGCAGAAGCGCAUCGCCGCGUUGAUUCCCGAAGCUCACGAGGAAAUUAACGAGUAUCGGUACCGAAGCGACGCCAAAAUUUAAUGCACUUGUUUCGUGCGGUGAGAUUCAAGUACAAAGUCACACACACGCACGCACGCACGCACGCACGCACGCACGCACGCACGCACGCACGCACGCACACACCGAGAAUUACAAAUUGCGCUCGAGCGCGAAAAUACGUUUUUCACAAUUAUAUAUCCUCUACGGCCAUUUGCACCAUUCUCGAUUAACGUGGAGUUUGAAGAACAUUCCUUGAAUCUUUUCUGUCCCAGAGAUCCUAUUAUUUUAUUGCUAGCUGUUAUUCUCACGACUUGUGUAAGAAAUUUCUUAUCCGUACGCUAUAUUCGUAUGCAUUCCAGAUAUAUAUAAAUUAUAAUAAUUUCAAUUAUGGUAGAAAGCCAGGAACUGAUGAAAGAAAGUUAUAUCGAGACUGUGGUGCAAUCGACUACCAAUUCGUGUAGUUUUCUCUAGAAAUUUAAUUUCUGCAGCCCUUCGUUUAAACGCAUGACAUUGCGAACAAGAAUUCGUUUCUUUUCGAUCGUUUUGCGUAGGGUCUUUAUAUCGAGAUUUAGAUAUGAAAUCUGUUAACGGACCUAUUUGCAGUUUACGUGGUUUAGUGCGAGGUUUGUUCGGAUGGGGUUCCAAAAGGAAUUGUAAAGUUAGAUAUGCUGCGCGUAUUUAUCGGAGUGUGAGAUCUAUGUAUUAGCACUCUUAACACAAUUCGGUAGCACAUUCCACAUAUAUACACAUAUAUACACAUAUAUACACAUAUAUACAUAUUAUAUACAUAUAUAUAGUCAAAGAAUUAGCGGCGUUUCCGUUUAAUUGUUAUCCGUAACGUGGGCGGGGGGUUACAUACACAACAUGCAAGUUACAAGAAUGAGAAGAAGAGAAUAAAGAUGACACACCUUAAUAGAUGUCAUUUGACAAAUUAUUUUUCGAGUAAGCAUCUCUGGAACAUGAAAACUUGUAAGAAAGGAAAAUAUUCGGCUAACAUUCGUACCAAUAUUCGUGUGAUAUCGGAAAACAGAGAAGACGAACCAAUAUAAGUUGUCUAUGAGUUUAUAUUCUUGUCAAAAUUGUCAGCCAAUUCACGAGCGAUAAGCGGACAAAUUUCUAUCAUGUAAAAAUUAUUACGUAAUCAAUGUUCAAGUGUUAAAUUGACAUAUUUAAUAUUCGUAUACGCAUGCAUACUUACGCGUAUUUAAGCAAUUUCAUGUUUUACGCACAAUUAAUCGCGCAAAAGAUAAGAACAUAUGAAAAGAACACAGCGAGUAUUAUAAACGUAAAAAAAGGAAGAAAAGAAAAAAAAAGAUUGUAUCACUUUAAAAGAAAUUAUUAAUCACCGAUCGAUUACAUAUGAUAAACUAUAUCAGACUCGACGAGACGGAUACAUGACGACAACUAACGACAUUUUGUCCACCGUCACAGGGUUGGGCAAAAUAUUGUUUAAAUGCAUUUCAAUGGAACAAGCAUGAAAUACCAACCACUUGUUGACAAUGUUUAAAUUUCGUGAAUCAGAAGAUAAACGAAAUGUUGUGUACACAAAAUCGAUCGUUUACACAUUUUGUUCCGUGUCAUUUACGUCGAGCGUAACAACCGUAUAUACAUGUAUGUAUGUUUCAAGUACUGCCCAGCCCUGAGCGUCCACGUUAUAUCCUGUUCGUUAUGCAUAUUAGUAUUAAUAUUCUAUUAUUGCGUAGACAGCAAAGCUGUAUAAUAUGUAUAGUUGUACGAUACAUGUUCGUUAUACACGGAGAGAAUUGUUCUCGAGGAUAUUGACAUUCACGUAAAUAAUCGCAAAAAUACCAUACUCGGCUCUGGUCCGACUAGUAUAUAUCGGAUCUGUUGCAAAUUCUAUCGAAACGAUAGAAAGCGAGAAAGUACAAGAAAACUUUGGAUGGUAGUACGAAUACGCGUACAUUCCAAUUGCUCGAUACACAAGUAUGGCAAUGUUUGCUAUUAACGUGACACGAUGUUCGUUAACGAUUCUCUCUGUGUAAAAUUGUUGCUAGCCGAUGCGCCGUGCCGUACGAUUUGCCUUGGUCGUUCAUCUCCUUACCGGUACAAAGGAGUUACAAAGCCCAGAAUCGAUUCUCGCAGACCAUAACGGAUCGCGACGAGAUCGUUACCCCCCUGUAGCAAAGAAGAGUAGCUUGCAGCAAUAUAUCGCAACAUACGUUAUAGUUGCUGCAAGCUUCCGCGUGCUGUAAGGGUUCCAUCAAAUUUUUGCGGUUGCUUUAUAAUGUAUUUGCCUUUAUUUUAUGAUGCUUUAUAUAUACAUUAUUUAUAAUAUAAAUGAGAGUCGGCACAUUAGUGUCAAACCGUUUUGUUUCGUGUUCCGUAGUCUUUUUAUCGUUGCUUUAAUAACGCUUUAUUUUGCAGCUUCCUCUGCUCGUUAGCAACAAAACAUACUCGUCUUACUCGCAAUAUACGCCGAUAUAUCGACUUUUGUAUUUUUAAUUAUCUGUUAUGUGCCCGCGAUUAAGUAUAAGGCCGUUCCAAGAGAAUGAGCAUCGGUAGCAGAGUACGGCGAAGCGUGAAUUUAUCUUGACGCGAUUCCCGCGGAUCACGCGUUUCACGAACUUUUACAACCCGUUACGCGUAAACGUUUACGCACAGCAACAGUUUUAAUUUUGUUUCCGUAAAUGUAAAAACAGUCGUGACAAGUCAAUCGAACGCUUUACUUUAAUCGUUGAAAGCGAGUAAUCAGGACCCAUUUAUGACAUUUUGAAAUGCACUUUUUUACAGAAUUGCAUCCUUCCUUCUUCUUUGAAUCUUUGAAAAUCGGACAAACCGCUGCUGCUGACGCGCAUUCACUCUUGGAAGAAUCAAACAUACAUUUACAGUCGAUUCUCAUUAUUGUCGUUCGCUUUUUCGUUCGUUCCAUGAACAACGACAUAUCUGUGAUGCGUACUUGUAACGUGUAUAAGGAGCAUUAGCGAAAUGUACCUAACAAACGUGUUGACACGUAUGACACGCGUGUAUAUUCGAGAUCUUAUCUACAUCCCUCUCGUCUUGCGAAUCCGCGACAACUAUUUCUCUACUUACAAUGUUACGAUAUACUCUGUAAAAUUUCCAUUGUUUAUCUCUCUCUUUCUCGCACAUUGUAACUACGAUACUUUUGAUCGAACGUCCACCUCUUCGAUCGUUCGGUCGCGGACGUUCUCGUAAGUUUGCUAGUACUACUCUCAGCUAUCGAAUUGUACAUCUCCACUGUAAAAAUUCGAUUAUUUAUAUAUAUUAAUUCUCGAGACUAAUGUGUCUUUUUAAAACCUAAUUGCUGGCACGUGGCCAAGCACAUUGUAUGAAGAAGGAAUGAAAAAAAGAUGGAACAAGAGAAAGAGCUCUACAGUUGUUAAUUGUACGUUAUAAGAGGACAAUAAAAAAAAUAUUAUGUA